AUGCUCACUUCCGCCACCGCUCCCCCCUCCUCUUCCUCCUGCUCGUCCCACGCUCCCACCCGCUUCGCCUCCGCGCGCGGGCGACGCCUCCGCCCCGUGCUCGCCAUGGCCGCCUCCGACGACCCCCGCGCCAGGUCGGUCGCUGUCGUCGGCGCCGGCGUCAGUGGUCUCGUGGCGGCGUACAGGCUGAGGAAGAGCGGCGUGCGGGUCACCGUGUUCGAGGCGGAAGACCGCGCGGGAGGGAAGAUACGGACCAACUCCGACGGCGGAUUCCUCUGGGACGAAGGAGCCAACACCAUGACAGAAAGUGCAUUGGAGGCUAGUAGACUAAUCGACGAUCUUGGUCUUGAGGACAGACUGCAGUAUCCUAACUCCCAGCACAAGCGUUAUACUGUUAAGAAUGGAGCGCCAGCACUGAUCCCUUCAGAUCCCAUUGCGCUAAUGAAAAGCACUGUUCUUUCUACAAAAUCAAAGUUCAAGUUAUUUCUGGAACCAUUUCUCUAUGAAAAAUCUAGCACAAGGAACUCCAAAAAAGUGUCUGACGAGCAUUUGCGCGAGAGCGUUGGGAGUUUUUUUGAACGCCAUUUUGGAAAAGAGGUUGUUGACUAUCUUAUUGAUCCAUUUGUAGCUGGAACAAGUGCAGGAGAUCCCGAGUCAUUAUCUAUUCGUCAUGCAUUUCCAGGGUUAUGGAAUUUAGAAAAGAAGUAUGGUUCUCUCAUCGUUGGUGCCAUCUUGUCAAAACUAACAGCUAAAGGUGAUUCAGCAAAGAAAGGAGGCGCUUCGUCAGGAAAAGGAAGGAGCAAGCGGGCCUCAUUUUCUUUUCAUGGUGGUAUGCAGACACUAGUAGAUGCUUUGCACAAGGAGGUUGGAGAUAAUAAUGUGAAGCUUGGAACACAAGUGUUGUCAUUGGCGUGUAAGUGCGAUGAACUAUCUGCAUCAGAUGGGUGGUCAAUUUUUGUGGAUUCAAAAGAUGCUACUAGUAAGGGACUUGCAAAGAACCAGUCCUUUGAUGCUGUUAUAAUGACAGCUCCACUGUCCAAUGUCCAGAGGAUGAGGUUCACAAAAGGCGGAGCUCCCUUUGUGCUAGACUUUCUUCCUAAGGUGGAUUAUCUGCCAUUGUCCCUCAUGGUAACAGCAUUUAAGAAGGAAGACGUCAAAAGACCCCUGGAAGGAUUUGGGGUCUUGAUACCCUUUAAGGAACAACAAAAACAUGGUUUGAAAACGCUUGGAACUCUCUUCUCCUCUAUGAUGUUCCCAGAUCGAGCUCCUAAUGACCAGUACUUGUUUACGACAUUCAUUGGGGGAAGCCACAAUAGAGAUCUCGCUGCUGCUCCAACGGCUACCUUGAAACAAUUUGUGACAUCUGACCUUACAAAGCUACUGGGGGUAGAGGGGCAGCCAACUUUUGUGAAACAUAUACAUUGGAGAGAUGCUUUUCCUUUGUAUGGCCAUGAUUAUGAUUCGGCACUGGAAGCUAUAGGAAAGAUGGAAAGUGAUCUUCCAGGGUUCUUCUAUGCAGGAAAUAACAAGGAUGGGUUGGCUGUUGGAAAUGUCAUAGCUUCAGGAAGUAACACAGCGGACCUUGUGAUCUCAUACCUUGAGUCAGGCAUCAAGCAAGCUAGUUAA